AAUAUGAAAAAAAAAAUUGAUUCUGCUCUCUGGAUAUUGCAAACCGCUCCCUACAGAGGUGGCGCUGAUGCUAAAACUAAGAGAAGCCCCUGAAUGCCCUUAUGUCAUAAAAAUGUAUGACUGGUACGAGGAACGCACCUGGGUCAUGCUUGUCCUCGAGUACCAAAGGGACUGGAAGGACUUGUAUUCCUAUAUCGAUAAAAAGGGAAUGAAGGAAGACAAAGCUCACCACCUUAUGCUUCAAUUAGUAAGAGCAGAUCAACACUGCUUGAAGCAUGAGGUGCUUCACAAUGAUAUCCAUUCUCAAAACAUCAUGGUGGAUGAAAGUGGUUUGCACCUGAAGUUAACAAACUUUAGGAUGGGUCGUCUAGUCAAAAGCACUGGCUACACAUCCAAACCACGUGAAGGAGCUAAAUGUUGCAUUCCACCUGAGGCCUUAACGAGGUUGCAAUACUUGGCCAUGCCAGCAACCGUCUGGGCCUUAGGUGUGGUGCUCUAUGAGAUGGUGCACGGAUUUCCACCCUUGCAACGAUUAGGCGUAGUAAGGAUUACGGGACGCAAUUUAACCAUGAAUGCCCGUGAUCUGAUUCGACGGUGCCUGUACAUGAAUCCAGAUCAACAACUAACAAUCGAUCAGAUUUUAGCACACGACUGGUUUAAAUGCAUCAUAACACAGGUUCCGGCGACCCCAGCGGUUGCGAAUUAUCUUGUGCCAAAAGGUUCUGAAUCUUUUAAUGCUGAAUACGAGUAUAAAACGAGUAAAGAUUAUUUUCUUGGGAAAGGUGCCUAUGGCAGGGUCUAUAGAGGAACCCGUAAAGCUGAUGGCAAAUUGGUCGCAAUCAAGCGUGUGAGGCUACAUGAGAAAGAAAGAUGUAUUUGUUAUGCAAGUCAUCAAAACUAA